AUGGCGGUUGCCCUAUAUAUAUGUUUAUAUUUAAUCGAAUUAACAAGUGGACAAGAGUGCCAAUGCUACCCAAUUGGAACAAAAUCAAGCGACAUGUUUUCACCUGCGGGUUGUGAAAAUACAACAACGCACUCCUAUUGUCUUGAAAAUGAUUUUUAUUAUGACACCGAUUCGACUUAUAACGAAACUAUAAUUCAGAAAACGCUUACAAUAAAUUCAACUAAAAGUUUUAAACUAUCAAAUUAUUUUCGAUUAGUUGACAACGUGGUUCUCACACAAAAUGGCGCAUUUCAUGUUGUAAAUAAAACUACUAUUGGAGCAAACUCACAGCUUCUUGUCAACACUUUUUAUUCACUUGCUGGUGAUUUUCAAUUGGAAAAUCCUCAAUUAAAUCGUCCACAAAUAAUUCUUUGGAAUUCUUCAUAUCUUCAUUUAAAUAGGAACAUAACUAAUAGAGUCGAUUUCCAAAUUAAAAACCCCAUUGGCAACACAAAGUGCUUUGACGCGUUUUCUCUCAAUAAUGGCAACAAUUUAAAUAUCAAUGAAGUCGAUAACAAUUGCAUUUUGUCAACAAUGUUUCCUUACAAAUUUGAUGAUGGAACUGGAUAUCUUAUAUCAAGUCAAAGACUCCUUAGAUUCUGUCCUAAUGGUACUAAUUUAGCAAAUACAGUGACGUGCACGUUGAUUAAGAGAUUAUACACUGAUGCAAACUAUUCACCAAAUUAUUCACCACAAACAUUUGACUAUCCACAUUGUCCGUGUAAUAGUGAUAAGACUUUAAAUUGUGAAUUAAAAUUGUUUGGGCAAAUCAGUUCGUUUGAAUUUAAUACAAAAUCCUUGGAUAACACUCAUAUAUUCGUCGAAAAAAACGUCUCACUUGCUAAUUUAAAAUAUCCAAAGAAAAUUACAAUUGCAGACGACGUGAAUCUCAAUUUUUAUGGAAGAAUGUCAAAUACAGUGUUUUAUUACUCUUUUGGAGAGAUCAAAUUUGAUGCAAACCAAAUACCUUUUACAACGCCUUGUUCAGUCAAAUUUGACACUUCAACGAACACAUUUUCAUGUAACAAGGAUAUGAUCUUUUCGGUCAAUUUUACUAAGAAAUUUGAGACCUUUGUGAUCAACAGUCUUUCAGAAAUCACUUCACUGAAUUUGUUUUCAAAUUCUACUGUGUUUAUAUUGGGGAAAACUAAACUAAAUAAUAUUGUGCCAAUGUAUUUUGGGGAGUUUGAUAAGAGUUAUGUUAUAAUGAAUGAUGGAACAUCUA